GAGGAGGAGUUUGAACGGCUUCCGUUGAAACAGCGAUUGAAGUUACUUUUAGCCAGCAAGCGUCUUCUGGAAUCUUCCAAUGUGGUGCAAGCAAUUGUGAGAGAUUUAUCGCUGUGCAUAAAUUCCAGCGAUUCUGGGAAGAGAAAUCAGUCAGCGGAAGCCUUUUUCCGACGACUCUUUUUUAAGGCUGUUUUGCGUCUGCUUCGUCUCUAUCAGUAUUGUGCAAAAUCCAACACUACCACAAGAAUCGUCACUGUCCGGCGACCAAACCCCAGUGAAAAUCUCCGGCAGCAACCUACUCACGCGCCUACACGCGCCACCAGAAGCUCACGCGCCGGCGCGUACGACCACUUCCGGCCAUUUUUUGAAAAACUUCCUUCGGAACAGUUGGGUCGCCUGGUCUUCAAUUGAUACCUUCGUGAAAAAGGAAGAUGAACAGUGUGAUUCGCAGAAUCUACAUUUGGCUUAUUCGGUUCAACAAGAGAAGCUACAGAGCUUGGUGCUGCAACAAAAUAUUACUGGUCAUGUGCAGCAAUGUUUCCUACAAACUGGAGCAAAGAUGAACACACUUCAGAAUCAUAUGAAUCUUUCUGCAGAAAAAGUUGAUACUGUUGAAAGUACUCCACUUCAACUGUCAUUAUCACCACUGUUUCCCAUCAAUGUGAAGGUUGAGUGUGCUGAGAAUAGCACAGUGAACUCAUCCAGUGACCUUGUCAAUGUUUCAUCUACUGCUGAUGGGAAAGAAAUCAAUAGCAAGAAACCUGAUGACCUUUUGGAUGAUCUUGAUUUUGUUGUGCUGAAAGAUAGGCAGAGAAUUCUGCAGUCAAGGAAAGAGCUAUGCCCAAAGACGUCAAUUUUAGAGGAUGAUAAACCUUCCAACUUUUCCAGCGUACUCAUGAAUGACACGACUCCUCGAAGUGCCGGGAUAGUGAAAGGACAGCUUCGUCCUACUAAAGUGAUUGGUAAUGGUUCUCAUGAACUUCAUAGGAUUUCUAAUCAUUCAAGUGUGGAAGUUGGAGGCUUGUCUAGUACAGAUCCUCAAGUUUCUAAGAUGGGGCAUCACUGUCAGACAGAUCAGUUGUCUGACUCUGGAAAUGCAACGGAACUUCUAGGAAAUGGAAGGAGAACGCUUUCCAAACAACAAGAAUCAAGUCGUGGACUAGAACUUUCUUCUUUUAAUAGGAAGAGCAAAUUUAGUUCUCCUAUAUCGGACCUUGUACACGUCAAGGUUGAACCUGUGGAUAACAAUAUGGUUGAAACCACUGCAAAGAAUGGAAGUGGUACUAUGCCCCAUUGUAGCACCACUCUGGUGAAAACUGAAAUCGGAAUUGCCAAUGAUUCUUCUGGAGAUGAACUGGAUCAUAUGCUGUUACGAGAGCGAAUGAAGCUAUUCUCUUCGAGAGCGGUUCCUUCAUUUGAGAUAGGUAGAGUUGCAGAGUGCUCAAGGAAAAUAGUUUCUUCUGUCUCUGAUUGCACACCCAUCUCAUCAUUGCCGGCUAAACCACUGAGGGUUAGUCGGCCACGGAAACGAAAGAGAACGGCCACAGAGUCAGUUGAAGUAGCAAUGGAGGAAGAUGCUCCUGGACUCUUGCAGGUAUUACUAGAAAAAGGCAUAUCUGUUGAUGAGAUUAAGCUGUACGGAGAAAAUGAGAGUAACGAGCCUCUUGAUGAUUUGACCUCUGAAGACAGCUUCUCAGAGCUUGAAGCUGUUAUAUCAAAGCUUUUCUCCCAGCGACAGUCAUUGUUAAAGCUAGCUCCACUCCAGUGUACAAAAGGUGAAAAAGCUAGCUAUUGUUUGGCUUGUCUAUUUUCACUUGUUGAGCAGGCACGGUAUCUACAUUUCCGAAAGUGGCCUGUUGAAUGGGGUUGGUGCCGAGAUCUCCAAUCAUUUAUUUUUGUCUUCGAAAGGCAUAACAGGAUUGUGCUUGAGCGUCCUGAAUAUGGCUAUGCAACGUACUUCUUUGAACUGGUGGAUUCCACCGCUAUUGAUUGGCAAAUCAGGCGAUUGGUAACUGCUAUGAAGCUUACUAGCUGCAGCAGGGUCAACCUAAUCGAGAAUAGAACACUGACGGUUGGAGAAGAGCUGAGUGAAGGAGAAGCAAGAGUAUUAAUGGCAUAUGGUUGGGUACCUAACACCGGUCUUGGGACGAUGCUCAACUACUGUGAUCGAGUUUGCCAUGACAGAAAGACAGAGAAAGAUAUCUCGGAAUGGAGGUCGAAAAUUGGGCAGAUGCUUAUAGAUGGAUACAACGGCGGUUCACUAGUACGAAAAACUGUGGAUUUAAGUGUUGCUCUGAACUGCCCUCAAAUCAAGUUAGAACUAGAUUAAAAUCUAGCAUCACUAAUCUAAAACUUAGUAAAUACCAUCCUUUUGUGUUUUCUCUUAAACUAGCCUAAAAUGCUUUUUUGUACAGAUUUUUUGGCUUUA